AGUCGGCUAAAAUUUCGUUUUAGAAAAACGCAAAUAUUUUUUUUUUCUACAAAAAUCAGUAAAUUUUUGUUAUUUCAUGACACCUAAGCACCCAAAAACAUGGCUAUUAUAACCUCUGAAGAAGUAGAUUACAUCAUAAAAGAGCUAACAUCCCUCAAUGGAAAGGAUUCCAAACUAACUGAAAAUCUAAUCGAAAGACUCAUCCAGAUGGCCCGCGGUGUAAUCAUGGGCCAACCCAUGCUCCUAGAGUUGGCGGCCCCUGUGAAAAUCUGCGGUGAUGUCCAUGGCCAGUUUACGGAUCUCUUGCGCAUUUUCCAGGCAUGUGGAUUUCCUCCCAGAGCCAACUAUUUGUUUCUCGGCGAUUACGUGGACCGGGGUAAGCAGUCCCUUGAAACGAUCUGUCUACUCUUCGCCUAUAAGGUAAAGUAUCCCAUGAACUUCUUUCUGCUCCGUGGAAAUCACGAGUGUGCUGGCAUAAAUCGGAUAUACGGAUUUUAUGACGAGGUUAAACGUAGGCAUUCAGUUCGUUUGUGGCGGAGUUUCAUCGAUUGCUUUGACUGGCUUCCGGUGGCUGCUGUGGUGGGUGAGCGCAUCUUCUGCUGUCACGGUGGCCUGAGUCCAUCUCUUAGGAGAUUGGAACAAAUCCGGCAGCUUCGACGACCAACCGAUGUUCCGGAUGAGGGGGUCCUCUGCGAUCUCCUCUGGACAGAUCUCAAUCACACCACCCAGGGCUGGGGCUACAAUGAUCGAGGUGUAAGCUACACCUUCGAUGAGGUCAUUGUAAGGGAUUUCCUGAAAGCCCAUGACUUGGACAUAAUGGUUCGUGCCCAUGAGGUUGUGGAGGAUGGUUAUGAGUUCUUUGCCAAUCGCCAGCUGGUCACCAUAUUAUCAGCACCCAAUUACUGCGGUCUGAUGAACAACGCUGGCGCGGUGAUGAGUGUGUCCGAGGACCUGCUCUGCUCUUUUGUCAUCAUUCAACCGCGUAGUAAAUUUGAAGGGUCCGAAAUCGAUGGCCCAAAUGGAUGUGGAAGUGUUUUAAGGGAAAGAGAACUGUCCUGCAACCCGAAUGAAUCGGAAUAAGUAUCUAGAAAUAUCUUUUCUUUAAUUGGAAUUAAAUUAAAAGUGAUUUGUAUUUUUAAAUAUAAAAAUAAAACAAAUAAAAC